AACAAAAUUUACUUCACCGGUAACACUGAGAAUAGGCCUGUUAAUGGUACUUUAGAGACAAAAGUAUCUAUUUGAAGCAAGCUGCUAACUGAACCCAGGCAGAAAAGGCAAAAAACCUUUUGAAACCCCAACAGUCAGAAAGCUCACGAUAUACGCUAGCUUUAAUUGCUCUCAUCGUGAAGAAACGUUAACACUGAUUGCCAUAUGUUCGAUGGCACUCACCGCUAUUUACAUGUUUCUUAAUUAUCUUAAUUUCCGCAAAGUGUUUUAAGACGUGAGAUAUAUUGUGUUGACAUUAUGGAGCCGCAAUUUAAGAAGCAACCAAAAGGAUUUGCUACGAAAGCUAUUCAUGCCGGACAAAAUCCUUUGCAAUGGAAAAGUAUGAGUAUAGUUCCCCAAAUAAGUUUGAGCACAACAUUUAAACAACAUGGGCCUGGUGAACACGAGGGUUUUGAAUACUCUCGAAGCGGAAAUCCAACUCGCAAUGUGUUAGAGAAAUGCUUGGCAGCUCUAGAUGGUGCCAAGUAUGGAUUAACUUUUUCAUCUGGUCUUGGUACAUCAAUGACUCUGUUCUCAAUGUUAUCUGCUGGAGAUCAUAUUGUCGUUGGUGAUGAUGUCUAUGGAGGAACAGCACGUCUAAUAAGGCAAGUAAUAUCACGACUUGGAAUCGAAUACAGCUUUGUGGACCCAACUGAUCUUAUGGCUUUUGAAGCAGCAUUUAAAUCAAACACGAAACUGGUUUGGAUAGAAACGCCCACCAAUCCAUUGAUUAAAGUGGCUGAUAUUGAAGCAAUUAGCAAAAUUAGUCAAAAAAGACAAGUUAUUUUUGCAGUGGACAAUACUUUCUUAACAUCAUAUUUUCAAAGGCCCUUGGAGUUGGGCGCUGAUUUGGUGUGCUAUUCUCUAACUAAGUAUAUGAACGGACAUUCUGAUGUUGUCAUGGGUUGCAUUGCUACGAAUUCUGAAGAAUUAUAUAACAAAUUGAAAUUCUUACAAAACGCAACCGGAAUUGUGCCUUCCCCAUUUGAUUGUUAUCAAGUAAAUCGUGGAUUGAAAACACUCGCCCUUCGCAUGGAACAACAUCAGAAGAAUGGAAUUGCUAUCGCAAAGUUUCUGGAGAAACAUCCUUUUGUUGAAAAAGUUAUACAUCCAGCAUUGCCUUCUCAUCCUCAGCAUCAACUCGCUCUUAAACAAACAUAUGGAUACAGUGGUGUCUUUUCCUUUUACUUAAAAGGUGGUUUAGAAAAUUCAAAAGUUUUUCUUCAGAGCAUAAAAGUUUUUACGUUAGCCGAAAGCUUGGGAGGAUAUGAAAGUUUGGCAGAAAUUCCGCUAAUUAUGACACAUGCUUCUGUACCUGAGGAGGAACGCAAGAAAUUAGGUAUAAACGAAUCCCUAAUACGACUCUCUGUUGGCCUAGAAGAUGUUGAUGAUUUAAUUGAAGAUUUAGAGAACGCUUUAAAGAAAGCUUCAGCUUUGUAAAUGUAUGCUUUUUUAUACCAAUUCUUAACAAUAAAGUGUAAAUUAUGUAUAUAUAAUAAAGUAAAUUACUUGUAAAUGAAAGCAAGUUGA